GAUAAACGUUGGGACUCCAUUCCAGGCUGUCAGAGAGGGUUCCCUGAACCUCGCAUCCUGAUCAGUCGUCUACUGUGACAACUACCUGCUGUGAAAUAACAAUAAUAAGCAAACUAUGAGUGGAGAUAAUGGACGCGGAGACUCCCAGGUCAGCUGUGGCACUAAAGGAAGCGACUCUUACAAGCAUAAAGACAAGCACAAAGACAAAGAACACAGACACAAAGAUCACAAGAAAGACAAGGAAAGAGAUAAAAUCAAGUACAGCAACAGCGAACAGAAGGAGCACUCUGAGAAGAAACACAGAGACAAAGAGAAGCUGAAGCACACCGAUGGCAACUCUGACAAGCACCGAGAGAAACACAAAGAGAAGAGGAGAGAGGACAAGGUUCAAUCGUCCCAUUCAGAGAAGCCUAAAAGGGAGAAGGAAAAUGGAUAUGUGAGGGAGAAGAGUCCUGCUGCCAUUAAGAGCGAACCUGAAGAUGACGACAGCUUCUAUCCAUCUCCAAAACACAAGAACUCCAGACGAGAGUGUGACGAUGAAGAAUUUGAAUAUAAGCCCAAAAAAGUCAAAGUGGAACAUGAUAAGAAGGCCAAGAAGAGGAAACAUGAGUACAAAGACGAUGAGGAGGAUGAGGACAUUAAACACAAAAAGAAGACAAAAGACAAAAAAUCAUCAGAGGGAAAGAAGGCUAAAAAAGAGGAAGAGGAUAAAUGGAAAUGGUGGGAGGAGGAACGAUACACAGAUGGCUCUAAAUGGCGUUUUCUUGAACAUAAGGGUCCAGUGUUUGCUCCUUCAUACGAACCUAUGCCCGGCAAAGUAAAGUUUUACUACGACGGUAAGCCUUUAAAACUCAGUGCUCCUGCUGAGGAAGUAGCCACGUUUUUUGCCAAGAUGUUGGAUCACGAAUACACAACGAAGGACAUCUUUAGAAAGAAUUUCUUUAAGGACUGGAGGAAGGAAAUGACGUCAGAGGAGAAGUCAAAAAUCACAGACCUGAAUAAGUGCGACUUCGGGGAAAUGAAUGAGUACUUCAAGGCCCAAUCAGAGGCUCGCAAACAGAUGUCAAAGGAGGAGAAGCAAAAAAUCAAAGAGGAAAACGAGCGGCUCCUGCAGGAGUACGGCUUCUGCAUCAUGGACAACCACAAAGAGAGGAUCGGAAACUUCCGCAUCGAGCCGCCGGGACUCUUUCGAGGACGAGGCGACCAUCCAAAGAUGGGAAUGCUGAAAAGGCGCAUCAGACCUGAAGAUAUCAUUAUUAACUGUAGCAAGGACUCCAAGCACCCUAAACCUCCCCCAGGUACAAAAUGGAAGGAGAUUCGCCAUGACAACAAGGUGACCUGGUUAGCAUCAUGGACAGAGAACAUCCAGGGCUCCAUCAAGUACAUCAUGUUGAACCCCAGCUCCAGAAUCAAGGGGGAGAAGGACUGGCAGAAAUAUGAGACCGCUCGGCGUUUAAAGAAGUGCGUGGAUCGCAUUCGUGCUCAGUACAGGGAGGACUGGAAGUCAAAGGAGAUGAGGAUCAGACAGAGAGCUGUGGCGCUCUAUUUUAUUGACAAGCUUGCUCUGAGGGCAGGUAACGAAAAGGAGGAAGGUGAGACAGCGGAUACUGUCGGCUGCUGCUCGCUGCGGGUGGAGCACAUCAAACUGUACCCCAAGCUGGAAGACCAGGAGUUUGUGGUGGAGUUCGAUUUCUUGGGAAAAGACUCCAUCCGCUACUACAACAAGAUCCCAGUGGAGAAACGGGUCUUCAAAAACCUUCAGUUGUUUUUGGAGAACAAACAGCCUGAAGAUGACCUCUUCGACCGACUGAACACUUCGAUUCUGAAUAAGCACUUACAGGAGUUGAUGGAUGGACUAACAGCCAAAGUUUUUCGCACCUACAAUGCCUCGAUCACCCUCCAGCAGCAGCUCAAGGAACUUUCCUGCUCUGAUGACAAUAUCCCAGCUAAGAUCUUAUCGUACAACCGAGCCAACCGAGCCGUGGCCAUCCUGUGUAACCACCAGAGAGCUCCACCCAAAACGUUUGAAAAGUCCAUGCAGAAUCUUCAGACCAAGAUAGAUGAGAAACAAAACCAACUAUCUGCAGCCAGGAAGCAGCUGAAGGCAGCCAAAGCUGAUCACAAGGCUUCACAUGAUGAAAAGAGCAAAAAGGCUGUUGAGGUGAAGCGUAAAGCCGUACAGAGGAUAGAAGAGCAGCUGAUGAAGCUCCAGGUUCAGGCCACAGACAGAGAGGAGAACAAGCAGAUUGCUUUGGGCACCUCCAAGCUCAACUACCUGGAUCCACGCAUCUCUGUCGCCUGGUGUAAGAAGUGGAGCGUUCCUAUUGAAAAGAUCUACAACAAGACGCAGAGGGAGAAGUUUGCCUGGGCAAUCGACAUGGCCGAGAAGGAUUACGAGUUUUAAUUCAGCCUUUUUACUUUUUCUACCUGGGCCUUUGAUAGUAAGGACGGUUCGUCGCUGAUGUCACACGUUUUUCCACCGUUCGCCAACUCACAAGGCAGUGAAGGAGAGAGCAAAGACUGCACUUAGGCUGUGAAGGCAGGUUAAUAAUCAUGCUGUAAAUAUUGAUGGGUUGUUGUCCUGUACAGAAGAAAAUGAACUCUUGAAUCCUUUCACCGAGGUGCCACGUGGCAUCUCUUCUUAGAAACUUUAUAUUGUGUACGUAGCUGCAGACUAAUCCGACGACUAAGAGCAUUCAGUAUUAUGUUGUGUCAGAUGAGAUGUUCUGAAAUCUGUAAGCCAUUUAUCAGAUUUAUAGGAAGAUCCUUAUAUUCUCAUAGAAUAAUAAAUUAUUGUGUGUGAGGAACAACAUGAAAUUAACAAUGGGAUGGGUUUCAGCUAGUUGUUUUAAUGUG